UGUUGACAUGAAUCAUAUGGUUGUAGAAUGAAAGUAUAGUUGUGAUUGUUGGUUGUUGUUUUAAUUAUUGUCUUAAAUUGUUAUGUGCAGAGUGAAUAGAGCGAACAAAGCAAUAUGAGAACUAACUUUGUGUAUGUGAUUAAAUGGGAGUUACGGAAGUGAAUAUCUCUACUAAACUCUAAUAAACGUGUUUUAUUACUGUGUGACUGCAGACGACGCAAUUCACUGAAGCGUGUUUGGUUGCAUAUGGCUUUUCUGAAAUUUACUUACGUCUCACAUAAUGGCAGAUAUACUAGACGAUGCAAAUUCAAAAUCUGAGCGCAACAUGAAAAUUAGUUCAGCGAAUGUCAGUUACAAUGACAUUGCUCAGAAACUGCUCAGUGACAACCUUCUUCUUACGGCUUUGGAACUGCACACAGAACUCGUGGAAGCUGGACGUGAAGUGCCCAAGUUAAGGGAAUUUUUCUCAAACCCAGGAAACUUCGAGCAAGCGUUAAUAAGGCCAGAAAUUACUUCCAUACCCAGGUCGUCCAGCCAGGUGACCCUCGACUCCCUCGACCUGACGCGGUACUCGGAGGACGGGGAGCGCGGCAUCGACGAGAGGGUCGCCGUGCUGGAGUUCGAGCUGCGCAAGGCCAAGGAGACCAUCAGCGCCCUCAGAGCGCACCUGACGGUGGCCACAGAAUCCGAAGCCACGACACCGGAUGCAGGAUCCUUCAAGCAGUGUCAGAGCGAAGGCAUCAAGCCACAUGAGCAGAGGGCUCUUAAUUUUCUCAUCAAUGAGUACCUGCUCUUGCAUGGCUACAAACUCACCUCCAUCACGUUUGCCGAUGAAAACGAAGACCAGGAUUUUGAAGACUGGGACGACGUCGGCCUCAACAUCCCGAAGCCCCUGGAACUCCUGACGCUGUAUCGAGAGUUCAUGCGACACGUGCAAGUGCCGUGCUGCAGCGUGGGGGUGCAGACGGACGAAGAACUCGACAAGAUCGAAAUGGAGAACCAGAUAUGGGAAUUGAGGCGCGAGGCCGGCGAGGCCCGGGAGCAGUUGGCGGGCCUGGAGCUCAACAGGAGGCAGCUGGAGGAGCGGCUGAGGGCGGCCGGCGCGGGUAAGGCCCCCGCCUCCACCCCCUCCUCGUCGCCCCCCUUCCCGGAGCGCUUCGAGCUCAUCGAGGCGGAGGCCAAGUCGAGCGAGGAGGGUCUUCCCGAGGACACGGAGAACUCCAGGACGGAAGACGACGGUUCGGCAGUGGUCAGUCUGGCGGACACCGAUGUCGGCUGGACGCGCGUGAACCACUCGCAGAACGGUGUCGUGGAAAACCAGUCCUCGCCCCCCAGCUCGUCCGCGGAAAACAUCCCGGAGAUGCUGAGCUCCACCGUCCUGUUCAGCAGUCCUCCGGCCAGAAUACUUCCAGCUGCAUUUCAAAAGGAAGUGUUGCUCCGCUGCUUUGUAAACACAGCAAGAUCCCAGGAGACUCCGCUAUUGGAGGACAUACUGAACGAUGGGAUUUCUGAAGAAAGGCUGGUUUACAUUUUGGGACGCAGUUUGCCACGGAUCAUUCCAAAUGUGAUUUUGAACAAACGUGAAGAAUUGCUGCCGUUAAUAAUCAGCACCAUCCAUCUGCAUCCUGAAGCCUCGGAAAGAGACCUUCUCCUGAAUUUGCUGUUCAAUCUGAAGAAGCGACCGCAGGAGGAUGAGAGACGUGUCAUUCUUUCGGGAAUAGUUUGCAUUGCGCAGUGUUCGGGCCCGAGUCUGGUUGAGAACGAAAUCCUCCCGCAGUGCUGGGAGCAAAUUAACCACAAACACACGGAGCGGAGGUUGCUAGUGGCCGAGUCAUGUUGUGCUCUAGCGCCAUUUGUUUCAAGCUCCAUUCGCAACUCCCUGAUGCUCUCCAUGCUGCAGCAGAUGUUGCUGGAGGACAAGGAAGAGUCGGUGAGGGAAGUGGUGGUGCGAAGUCUGUCCUUCCUCGUGGCGUUCAUGGACGAUCCAGACAAGUACGUGCAAUGCGAGGAGCUGGCGUUGAUGGCCUUGGAUGAUCCGUCGCCCGGCGUGGUCAGCUCUGCCACCAGAGUGCUGCUCCCGGUGCUGGCCAAGUGGGCCCAGGAGCUGUCCACACUCCACAGCUCGCUGCUCACGAACCUGCUGCUGAGGCUGGAGAAGCAGAGCAGCGCCGCGGACGCCGUCCCCCCUUCCCCCUCGGCGGGUCGCGGGGGCGGCCUCGACGUGGACCAGAGGCUGGCCUGGACGCUGACGGCCCUGCAGACGCUCGUGCCGUGCCUCGUGGUCUCCGCGGCGGCCGUCCCGCCCGUGGCGGCCCGCGUCUCGCCGGCCACCGUUCCCGCCGACGUUGGCGAGGCCUUCGAGCCGGUCAGCGGGCUGACCAACCCGAGCGUCUUCUACGAGGGGGAGUGCCCGGUGGACGUGCUGCUGGGGGCGUUCGAUGCCUGCAUGGAGGAGGGGGUGGACUGGCCAGAGAUCGCCUGGGUCUCCGACACUCUAAUCCCCAAAAUGUUGGACGUCCUGAAGGCUGUGCAAGUCGGUAAUGAGCUAGUGGUCACCACGUUCAUAAAGUUUUUCAGGCACCUGAGUGCAGGUUUUGGGAAAACAUUUUUGAAGAAGCGGUUGAAGCCAGUUUUUGUUCAUCGGUUGCAAGAGCUGGAGAAGGCUUUGUCUGAAAGUCGGAACAGCUGGCCGUCGCUUACAAUAAUUCCUGUCUACAUCGUGGGCAUCUUGGCUGUAAGACGGGACGCGGAAGCGUGCGAGGAGGUGGGGUGCCUGCUGAAGAGGUUCGUGAGCGCCCUGCCCGUGUGCGGGGCUCCCCCCGGCUGCCUGGAGGCGACGGUGCGGGGCCUGUGCGAGGUGGCGGCCCUGCAGGACGCCGCCCUGUCGGCCCUGUGGGACGCCGUGGUCCACCCCCGAGCCCCCGUGCGCGCCGCGGCCGCGUCGCUCUUCGCGACCGCCGUCGCUGGCCUCCCGGAAGCGCUGGUGUCGUCGCGGGUCGCCCCGGCGCUGGUCACCCUCGCCAGCGACCCCGACAUAUCAGUCAGGACAGCUACCAUUCCUGCAUUUGGCUCCCUUAUCACCAGCACUACUGUGAAGGAGGUGCAGGACAAGACGUACAUGCAGCUGCAGAGCUUCCUCGCGGAUCCCGCCACGAGGGACGACCACGCCAUGCUGGUGCAGCUCGUCGUCACCAUGGGCCGCAUCGUCUCCAGCUGCGAGACGUGGUUCCGGGAGGAAGUCGUCCUGCCGCAGCUGGCCGCCAUGUCGGCGUACGCGCUGCAGCUGUCGAACCAGACCCGCCGGCUGGACCUGGCCGUGGCGCUGAUCGAGGCGUUCUCCUCCGCGGUGUGCUGUUCCCUCUCCAAGCAGACUGUCAGCACCGUGCUGCUGCCCGGCCUGAGGUACUUGGAGCCAAUCAGCAGCCAGUCCUUGCUGGCGCAUCACGACACGGUGGUGGCCAUGAUAAAAGGAGCAGAGUCCAGAGUCGAAACACACCACACCAGUGACAGGUCCGGCAGCCUCGGGCUGUCGCUGGUGGGGGCUAAUGUGGGCCAAGGGGUGGAGGACGUGAAGCAGAAAGUUACCAAGUACUUCCAGAUGAAGCCAGUGAUCAACAGGCCUGCCAACCUGCCCGGCUUAUUCCGCAAGAAGUGAGCCGUGGCUGACCUCCGGCAGAAACAUAUCAGGAGCGGUGCCUUGCAGGCGUGGGCUGCGCGCGUCGGCAUCACAAUUUUAAUGCCAAAAUAAUUAUUGUGAGAGUAAGAGUCCUGGUUUUGCAUUCUUACAAAUGUUCCACCUUUUUUUGUGAUCACAAGCUUUCUUUUGCCACGUUUACAUAGUAUUAUCACCCUAGAUCAGUGGUCCUCAGAGUGUGUGUCAGUGCACUAAUGGUAUUCCAGAGAAAUAAAUAUUCCAAAGGUAAAAAUAAUAGUAGUUACUCUAUUAUACCAUUUCAAUACACCCAAAAAUGGAAGAAAUCGCUAGGAUACAUCAGACUAAUAUUUCUCAUUCACACAAGAAUGACUUAAUUAUAACAUAUUUCUCAGAAAUUUGUACAUGGUGUGCCUACAAUUAUUUGUAGGAUUUUAUAUACACCCUGACUUCUAAAAGUUUGAGAACCACUGCGCUAGAUUAUAUGAAUAAAUAAAUUUACUGGUAAUGAUUGCUGUAUUUUUCAUAAGCACAUAUUUUUUCGGAUUUUUGUCAUAAUGAAAAUAAUUAAAACACUCACAUGUAAGUAUGUUGAAUGAUAUAACUGUGCAAAAAUAAGUGUGCAUACUAUGAAAGUAGGUCUGAAUUACAGACUGCAAGAAUCCAUUGUUUCUUAUUUCUGUUUGUAAAAUUUCAUGUUGCCUUUUGCACUGUUUCACUUGACAGAUUUUUUGGUAUUUUUCAGAGAGUUAUAUGUAAACACAAUGUGAUACAAUCUCAUUUCACAGUACCUCACUUUAAAAUGAUUUCUCACUAAAAAGUAUAUAUUUUCAGGUCCCUAAAAAAUAUAAUGCAUUCAGUUACAACUUACACUACUGUACUUGUCUGGUACCGUCUGUGCUAGAUCCAUUUUAUUCUAAUCUAUUGCUAGUUGUACCAAGGUCUUGCACUAAAUAAAAUAAUAAAGCUACUUGAAAAAGUAAUACCAAAAAUGAGUUAAAAAACAAACAACUGUUAAAAGAAUGCUGGCUUAUUCACAAAUAAGUCAUUAAGUUACCUCAUAAACUUAAUUAUAAAAUAUUAAAAAAAAUUUGAGCGAGUCUUUCAGUAUUUUAGCGAUGUGUAAUUUUCAUGUUGCAAAUAAACUUAUAAUACGAAACUCAGACACCAAAUUUAAAAUCUCUUCAAUAAGAUUGUACUAUGUUGAGGGUAAAUUUUUAGUAUGCACCAGAAAUGCAAUAAAAUAAGUGCUCACUACAAAACAGAAAUCUGACAGGUUGAAAAGUCUUAAUGCACAUGCUUGUAGAAACUGCUAUAGCUACAAGCUGAAGUUGUCAAGAUGGUGGCCACACUGGGGAUGUACUAAUUGUAUUGGUUUACCAAAGUAAACUUUUUAGUUGUGAAACUAUCCUGUAAAUCUGAAUAGUCACGUCAAAAAUAAUAGCCAGGAAAAUUGUGUCUGUAUGAACAUGGCGUGAAAUAUACUUACUAACAUUUACGUUGGUACUUAAAAACAUUAUGAAAGUUGUGCUAUCUUUGAAAUAUUUUUCAAACUAAAAGUUACAGUUCAAUAGAUUCUGGAUUUGGACAAGAAAUUAUAUUAAAUUGCUGUCCAUCUCAUUAAAACUCACUAAAUUGUUAUACUAUAAAUUUUUUACACUAAAAUAUUAACCUUAAACUUUUCCAAACACAUAACACUAAGUAUAUGUUGUGUAUUUGUUUUUGCUUAAACGAUUGCAACCAGUAUGUAAAUAUUUCCUACAAACCUUAACAGUAUUGAGUUGAUAACAGUAUUAGGUUAUUAAAGUAAAAAAAUAAUUUUUUUUCGUUCGGUAAAUUUUAACUAUGUACCUCAUGCUUACAAUGGCACACCUUACCACCAUGCUACCAAGACCAUUGGGAAACAAUGAAGUUUCACAGGCACACCAAUAUUACCAAAGUAAUGAUAUACAUUUUUAUUUUACUACAAAUGUAUCUGCCAACUUUACUAAAUUUCCCAGACUUCUGCACAGACGCAGCACAGUUGACUGUCAUUUCUGUUCCAUUUUCAUGCAAUUACUCCUACCAAAUGUUGCACAUCAUGAGCUAAUUUGUUUACUAAUCAAAUUUGUCUCAUAUAAUUCAAUUUAUAAAUUAGGUUUAUAGGCAGUAAUAGGUGUAUUAUGUUUGUUCUGGGACACUGGCUGAUGGCUGCUGGGGAUUUGGCUGCCAUCUUGGAUUACGUCACUUCCGGCGACCAACUUGGAUGACCUUGACCUCGGCAGGUAUCUAUGAUCCACCAUAUUGAGAUUGAUUGCCCCACUCACUAAUGCUACACUUAUCGUUACUCCCACCAUCUUAGUUGUGUAUGACAUAACCGUUGCACCUUUAAUUACGGCCAUCGUCUUGGAUUAUGGAACAUUGCAAUUUUCGUUUCUGUCACCAUAUUGAAUUCUAAUACAUUAAUUUUUUCUGUUCUGACAUGUUCGCCAUCUUGUUUUCGCUUGCUGGAGGCAGCCAAUUUUGAUACCGACAUAUAUAUGUCUGCUGUUUGUUCGUAGAGAGCACCAGCAUCGCUCUGUCUCGUCACACAAGGUCGAUGUUCCAUUACCUACCAGAGCUAUUAUGGUCCUUAUCAUCAUAUUAAAUUUAAUUUUUUUUAUGCAAAAUACAUUGGAAUCACUGUGGAUACAAACCAACACAGCUCUGGCCUCUAGGUUGGAAAACAUACACCUUAGACCACAGGACCACCCAGACAUUUACCAGAUUGAGUAUUAAAUAAGGUAUAUAAAAAAUAACACACAUACUCGGCCUUAUAAUUAAAUAAGUAAUGAUAGCAUCGCCAGUACCAGGACAGACCUGCCAUCCUGUUAUCAGUACUCUAUACCAGGAGCGUUAGUUAACAAACACAUGGCCUGCUAGAGGAUGUUGCUGCCAUUUUGUUUUCAAUACUUCUUACUAGGUGCGCUAAUGUCAUGUAGUACACAUGCCAUUUGCUAGGGUGCGUUACCAUCAAGUUAGUUUCAUUUCUACCUGCUAGAGUGCAGUUAUCUUUUAUUAUUACUGUGGCGUCCGCCAGCUUGACAUAUGGUCGACACCUUGAAAAGCAGUAUAUUUUUAUGGUAGAAAUUCGGAAUAAUUUUUAAAAUUCGUAAAAAAUAAAUUAUUCUGUAAUUUAAUGAUUGAACAGAUUGAUAUCUGUCCUUGGUUCGAUACUUGAUCAAUGCAAAAAAAGUUUAUGUAAACAUAAUUUUAAUAAAUAUAAAUGAAAGUCCAUAAAGUAACAUUUGUUCACACAUAAACCAACUUCCAGUAAGACAAUAUGGACACCAUCUUGGAAAUUUGUAUUUAUAGACCUAAAAAUUUAGAAAUUUUACCUAAAUUCAUCAAAAUAAUCACUUGUAAAACUCAUGAUAGAUGCAAUAGAUUUCCACCCAAAUAUGAUGGAUAACAGUAACUGAAGCUUUAAAUAAAUUUUUAAUUUGUUUCCCAUUACCUUUCAUGGAGUUUAAUAAUCAUUCUCUCUACGAAAAACAACUCUAGACAAAAUACCUGCCCAAAUAAUUAAACACUUACACUAUGCCUAACAUGGAAGUUAAAUUUUUCGAUACUUGAAAUACGUAUCAACCAAGUAUUGUUCACUGUGAGCGUUUGGUCCAAGCAUCUCCACGAAAAACAUUUUUAACUAUGUCCAAUGACCGGCUUGGACCAGACAACUCCAAACCACGAGACCAAUCACGUCCUGAGUAUACACUUAACAAUACAUGAUCAAUGAAAAGGGAAGAACAAUCAAUAAAGUUAGCAGUAUAUGAGUAUCAGUCUUAGUUAUAAAUCUAUUACUAGAAAUAAAACAUCAAAUUUUUGAAGUCUAAUUAUAUUUAAUUACUUUAUUUUUCAAAAUUAUUCAAAUGGAAGUUAAACAAGUGAUUGUUGUAUGUAGCUGCCUUCCCUCAGUUAUUUAAGUGUGGAGGAUACUUCUUCUAUUGUUACUUUAUUGAUUGUUCUUCCCUUUUCAUUGAUCAUGUAUUGUUAAGUGUAUACUCAGGACGUGAUUGGUCUCGUGGUUUGGAGUUGUCUGGUCCAAGCCGGUCAUUGGACAUAGUUAAAAAUGUUUUUCGUGGAGAUGCUUGGACGAAACGCUCACAGUGAACAAUACUUGGUUGAUACGUAUUUCAAGUAUCGAAAAAUUUAACUUCCAUGUUAGGCAUAGUGUACAUGUUUAAUUAUUUGGGCAGGUAUUUUGUCUAAAGUUGUUUUUCGUAGAGAGAAUGAUUAUUAAACUCCAUGAA